GCAUUUAUAUGCCCACAAAAACCCACACAGUGGAUUGAAUCACUGCUGAGGGCUAUGAUGAUAAUACCAUAAUAAAAAGGAUGUCAAAAUAUUGUUUUAUACGGAAUAAUGGCUAGUGAGGGGCCAAGAAGAAACGGGCCUAUGAAAAUACGUUUAACAGUAUUAUGUGCCAAGAAUUUAGCCAAAAAAGAUUUUUUUCGUUUACCUGAUCCAUUUGCUAAAAUAAGUGUAGAUGGCUCAGGACAAUGUCACUCAACAGAAACCUGUAGAAAUACUCUUGAUCCUAAAUGGAAUCAGCAUUAUGACUUAUAUAUAGGAUUUAAAGACUCAAUAACUAUCAGUGUAUGGAAUCAUAAAAAAAUCUAUAAAAAACAAGGUGCUGGAUUUUUAGGAUGUGUACGGAUAAUGUCCAAUGCUAUUCAACAAUUGAAAGAUACUGGAUUUCAACGAUUGGAUUUACAACGACAGAAUUCGGAUGACAGUGAUGCAAUCCGUGGACAAAUUGUGAUAAGUCUGAUAUCACGGGAUCGAGGUGGUGCCGGACCAUCAGUUACUGAUAGUACUGUAAUUACUCCUGCAAUACCAUGUGAUCCUAAUGAACUACCUGAAGGGUGGGAAGAGAGACAUACAGCUAAUGGGAGAGUACAUUAUGUUAAUCAUAUAACUAGAAGCACACAAUGGGAACGACCUACAAGACCUGCUAGUGAAUCAGUACGUCCUGUUAGUGUUGUUAGUCCAGUGACUAGAGAAAGUCAUAUCUUUCCUUCUCCACCACCUCCUUCCUCCUCCUCCUCCUCCUCGGAUAAUAAUACAACCAGUACUACAUCUAUACAACCACCCGAUCCUAGUAAUAAUAAUAAUAAUAACACACAAGGCAGCACUGUACAUUUCAUACGUAGAAGAUCAGCACGACAUCGUAAUUAUUUAAGUCGAGCUCAACUGCAUAAUGAAGCUACUUUACCAGAUGGUUAUGAACAAAGAACAACACAACAAGGUCAAAUAUAUUUCUUACAUACUCAAACUGGCGUCAGUACAUGGCAUGAUCCAAGAAUACCCAGAGAUAUUUCGAACCUACAGUUAAGAGAGGAUGAUUUAGGACCUCUUCCACAGGGCUGGGAACCUCGAGUAACUGGUACAGGGCGUGUUUAUUAUGUUGAUCAUCAUUCUAGAACAACACAGUUUACAGAUCCCAGACUCUCCAUUAAUAUUCGCCUUAUCCAAGAAAAAUUAAAAAAUAAAGAAAAUGAACCCUUGCCUAAAUAUAAACGAGAUCUUGUUCAAAAAAUCAAAUUGUUACGAAGUGAAUUACAAGCAUUAGCACCACCUGCUGGUCACUGUAGAUUAGAAGUGUCGAGAGAAGAAAUCUUUGAGGAUUCAUAUCGCAUAGUGAUGAAAAUAAAAGCCAAAGAUUUAAGAAAACGUUUAAUGGUGAAGUUUCGAGGAGAAGAAGGUUUGGAUUAUGGUGGUGUAGCUAGAGAAUGGUUUUAUCUUUUAUCACAUGAAAUGUUGAAUCCUUACUAUGGUCUGUUUCAAUAUUCUAGAGAUGAUAAUUAUACUCUUCAAAUCAACCCAGACUCUGGCAUCAAUCCAGACCAUUUAUCAUAUUUACACUUUGUUGGUCGUGUGAUAGGUAUGGCUAUAUUUCAUGGUCACUAUUUAGAUGGUGGUUUUACUAUGCCCUUUUAUAAACAGUUAUUAUCUAAACCUGUAACAAUAGAUGAUCUAGAAAGUGUUGAUCCUCAUUUACAUAGAAGUUUAAACUGGAUUCUGGAGAACGAUAUUGAAGAUGUUUUAGAUCAUACUUUUUCGGUAGAACAUAGUUCUUUUGGUCAAGUACAAGAAUAUGAGCUGAAACCUGGUGGUAAAAAUUUGCCUUUAACUGAAGAAAAUAAAAAAGAAUAUGUAAAAUUAUAUGUACAAUGGAGAUUUUUGCAAGGUAUUGAUGCCCAGUUUUCAGCAUUACAGAAAGGAUUUAAUGAAAUCAUUCCACAACAUUUAUUAAUGCCUUUUGAUGAAAGAGAAUUAGAGUUAAUGAUUGGUGGUUUAGGUAAAAUAGAUAUAAAUGAUUGGAAGAAACAUACACGGCUUAAGCAUUGUACAGGAGAUAGUAAUAUUACUAAAUGGUUUUGGCGAGCUGUAGAAAGUUAUAGUGAUGAAAUGAGAGCACGACUUCUACAGUUCGUUACUGGUAGUUCACGAGUCCCAUUACAAGGUUUUAAAGCAUUGCAAGGUUCAACAGGAGCAGCUGGUCCACGGUUAUUUACCAUACAUCAAGUUGAUAUUAAUACAGCUAACCUUCCUAAAGCACAUACCUGUUUUAAUAGAAUUGACAUCCCUCCAUAUGAAAGUUAUGAGAAGUUUUAUAGUAAACUAACGUGUGCUGUUGAAGAGACGUGUGGUUUUGCUGUGGAGUGAGGAAGGGAGAUAACUCUUUCUAUUUAAUCCAACUUCUGAAGACAACAGGGAUCUCUGCAAACAAUUUGUGAGAAACAAAUUGAUAACAUUCAAAUGUUGGCUAGGAUUCCUAAAGGUUAUUUUGACUACUGUUGCAAGAUUUGAAAUUGUUGACUGUAAAUGGAUAGCCUAAUUGAACUUUGUGAGUGACAGAUGUUAAUCUGUGUAGAGCUGGGAACUUUUCGUACAUAAUUUGUACAAUGUACCAUCCAUUAUAUUUUUUGUAUAGAUAUUUAAUAUUUGUAUAUGAUAAAAAGCCUGUUUUACCUACUGAUAUAUAAUAUGUACAUAGAUUGUAAUACUUGUCAUUGUUUUUAUCAUAUAUAUCACUUUAUCAUUUAUUUACAUACUCAACCACCUUUAUUAUUGUACAACAAACCUUGGAUAUGUUUGUCUCUAGGUCACUUUUCAUUAUUUCAAUAUUAUUAAAUAUCUAAUCAAAUUCAUUGUGAAUUUAUUAUUUGUAAUAAAAACAUGAUUUUUUAAACACAUUCACAAAAACAUAAUGAAUUGUAAAUGAAUUUUUUUUUUCAAUUAAUUCAAUAUUAUGAAUUGUAAAUUAAUUAUUUUUUUUUGUGAAAAUGGAUAUUUAAUAUUCAAUUUGGACAUUUUAGAGUCCUUGAUGUAGUAAAUAAAUAUUUUUUGUUUGUGUAUGUGUAACAGUAUAAAUGGCAUCAUCAGAUUGAAUUGUAUGGAAGAGGAGUACUUGGUUAAUCAUUUGGUUUUAUAUUUAAACUAACCUAUUGUAUUUGUAUGUACUAUAAGGAAUUUAGCAGUUUGUUUUUAGCCUGGGGUUAGGUAUUUUAAACCUGUAACUUGUUGAUUGAUACUGAUAGUAUAAAUGAAUGUCUUUUAAACACAGAUAUUGAGCUGGUAUUAUUUUAUCUCUGUUUGCUAUACAUAUUUUUUUAAUAGGAAUUAAAUGAUAAAUAUGGAAUGAAAAUUGUACUGUUUGGUGUAUGUUUAUAUUUGUCAUAAUACUAUCUAGUAUUUAGUAAAUUGAUCUCAGGUUAUAUAAAGCCAUGAUCAUAUUAUCAAUUAACAGUCCCCUACUAACAUGAUGGCAGCCAUUUAUUUUAAUAUUAUGGGGCAACAGCUUCAAUUUUUCUUGUAGAAAGUGACCCCAAGUCAACCCAGAUUAUACAAUGUUUGAAAAAAAGAAAAUUGGCAAAUUAUAUGAACCCCCAAACUUUAGCACUCACUGGUUAAUACCAGCACAAAUAUAUGAAGCUUGGUUUGGGUUUUAAACCUAGCAGCCAUUUAGAUGGAGUUUUAUGUUCUAAUAUUUAAAUUAAAGAUAUUAAAGACUACAUUAACAUACAAUUAAAAUAGAUUUAUUGAAGCUAUGAUGUUGAAUCUUUAAAUAUCAUAGCUUCAGUAAAUCAAGUUUAAACAAAAGUUAAUUGUUUACAAUGUUAUGGUUAUAUAUUUAUAGUGCUAAAUGUCAGUUCUUGAUCAUCUAAAAUACUUUACAAACAUCUUCAUUCUAUCAUCAAAACAUUUUUUUUACAAUAAAUUGAGCCCAUUUUUUUUUGGCUUGUACCAAUCCUAGGGGCAACUUCCAUCCACAUUUUUAUCAAUUUAAUUAUCUUCCUGUGUUUUUGUUGUUUCUUUCAGUUUUGGUACAUGUACUGUAAUUUGUUUUUAUUUAUAAAAAAAAAUAAUCAUAUUUGUAUCCAAUAUUUCUCAAUCUAUAUUCUCAAUGCAAGUCCAUGUUGUAUGCAAAACUGAAACCUGAACUGUGUGCAAUAUAUUGUUUUCUAUUACACUUAGGUUUUUAGUAGAGGUUUUUUAAUGCCAAUCUAUAAAUGAUGAAAAAAAGGUUGUUAGAGAAUUUCUACCGAUAUUUGUGAUAUGAUUACAAUUAGUGCCUUUUAUCAUUUUCUCCUUUAAACUUAGAAACACUACAUCUUAUCUGUGUAUUGAUAUUUGUCUUUAAUACUUUCUAAAACAGCCUGAAUAUAAAAUAGAUAGCGACUGUCUCUAUAUUAGUCUAUAUACAAUACAAAAUUUAACUGUCGUGUGGAUAUGUUUUAUAUAGGUAUUUUAAUUGGCGAACUAUAUUUAUAUCUGUAAAUUUACAAAAUUUCUACUCUUAUCCAUUAUUAGAAUCAUCUGUAUAAAAUCUAGCUAGUAGACAUUCUUAUUGAAAUAAAAUUCAGCUGUUUUUAUAGGCCUCUAUUUAUACUAGAUAUAUAAUCUGUACAGUUAUGUGAAUAAAUUCAUCAUUUAGUAAGGUAUAUUAUACAGAAAGCGGGUCUUAUUAAGUUAAUCUUUGUGCUCUUUCUUAGCUUUAAGCAUUCAUUGUCCUAUUUUUUAUAAAUAUAUAUAUAUGUGUGUAUUUAUUUUCUAAAUGAUUGCCUCCUCAAUUCUUGUAUAUUUCUCUCAUCAAAAAAUAAACAAUUGUCAAUGAAACAUAA